AUGUGCAGGUACUCCAACUUAGGGCUGCUAUGGUUCGCCCUCCAAGGUUGCGUACUCGGCGCCCCGAGCACGCAUCGGAAGCGCGACAACACCACCGAAGAUUACUCGCGCAACCUAUUGGAAGAGUCAAUGAAUUGGCUUGAUAUGUUCUACGACGAAUCAGCCGGAUACCUCUACAGCCUCGACUCGUCAGCCCUGACACACGAGACACGAGCCAGUGCCUGGUACUCCGCCGGGUUACUCGCAAGAAAUGCCGGCGACGACGCAGAGCAAGCAUCCAAGAUCAUCAGUAACAUCAUCGAGGGCCAAAGAUGGCAGUUCAGCAACGUCAGCGAGCAAUGGUACGGCGAUUACCAGGUCUACCCCGAGGAGCCUACAGUCGGCACAGCCCAGUAUCCCGCGAAGAUCUAUAAUUCCUGGGACCCGAAUUGGCGUGGGUUCGUGGGGACUACGUUUGUGCUUAUUCUUGAAGAGUUCAAGGAUCUCCUGUCGCCCGAACUUGAAGCACUCAUGGUCGAGAGUCUUAAAAAUACGACGAUCGGCGACAGCUACCGUGUCGGAGGCGUGGACGAUGACAAUUUGUACCCGGCAUAUAGCAAUCCGUUCAUCAUGCGUGCUUUCGUUAGUGGUUGGGUCGGUCGUCGUAUAAGCGACGCCAACAUGACGGCAGCGGGCGAGCACGACGCGAAACAGAUCGUGGAGCUCUUCAAUCGCGCGAAUACGUUGUCUGAGUUCAAUUCUGGAACGUAUGCGGGCGUAUCUUUGUACGCGCUUACGUUGUGGGCGAAGUAUAUGCCAGAGUCGUCGAUCAUGGGACAGAACGGUGGUCGUAUGAUCAAAGAGACCUGGAAUAGUCUGGGUAGUCUUUACAAUGCUAACUUGAAGAAUGUGGCUGGUCCCUGGGAUAGAGCUUAUGGUUUCGAUAUGCAGAGGUAUCUCAGCAUCCUCGCACUACAGAUCUGGACUUUGGUAGGAAAGGAAAAUGCUCCUGUCAACUCUAAGCCAUACGUUAUGGGCCACAAAAACGACUUUGCCAUCGGCCCACUCAUCGCAAUCCUAGCACCCUUCCAUAACGAACUGGUCUCGAAUUCGACCGUAUCCUCCCUACUCGACUUCCCCGGCACUCACAACGUCACAACCUCUGCAUUCUCUCCGCCAUACGACACAUACCCCCGCAACAUCUCAACCUGGCUAUCUCCCAACUUCACCAUCGGCGCUGUCACCUUUUCCGAAAAUGUCAUCGGUGGCCCGUCGAUCAACCCCAAGCAGUUCAACCCUGCGGUCGUGCAGUGGGCGAGAAAGGACGGCACUGUGGGAUUCAUCACUCUGUAUGCGCAGGUUCCGGCGCUGGAAGGGAAAGUCGAACCGAAUUCAUUGGAACUCACGUAUCCUAAGGGGAAUAGCAGUAGCACGUUUGUGUUCCUCGUUGGGACUAAUUCCAAGGAUGGAAAGAGGGAUGUUAGUAGCUGGGAUGAUGUUGAGGGCUUGGAAGUUGUGGUUGAUGGAACUGUCGAUCCGGAGUACGAGGUGACUUUCAAUGGGCUUGUAGGUGGUGCGGGAGAUGUGAUCAACGAGUUUGAGUUCUGGAACUUCACCUACUCGAUGCCGCAGAACAGCGAAGAGAAGCCGAGUAUCCGCCUUCAUCUUGAACUCUCUUAA